CGCCAUCAGCUGACUGCAGUGACGGCCUGACAAUCCGGGGGACUCCAUUGAGAAGAGAGAAAGGCAUCGCUCGCAUCCUACGAUCCGUCCUGACAGCCGGCUCCAGCAUUUACACCACAGUCACCUCCAGACAUGGCAAGCCAGUCUCAGGGAAUCCAGCAGCUGCUUCAAGCCGAGAAGCGAGCGGCGGACAAAGUAGCCGAGGCCAGGAAACGAAAGAACCGGCGCCUGAAGCAGGCAAAGGAGGAAGCACAGGCUGAGAUCGAGCAGUACCGUCUGCAGAGGGAGAAGGAGUUCAAAACCAAAGAGCAAGCCGCUCUGGGCUCUCAUGGGAACUCUGCUGUGGAGGUUGACAAGGAGACCGUGGACAAGAUCAAGAGAAUCCAGGCGAACUACCAGCAGAACCGAGAGGCCGUGCUGGGGACCCUGCUGAACCUGGUGUGUGAAAUCAAACCCGAGAUCCACGCCAACUACCGGGUCAGCGGAUAAACCCGGCGAGGCCCGAGAGACCAGUCUGCACUGAGACGCGGAUCCCAGCGCGGCGGCGCCAGGAAUGCACAGGAGCUGGUCCAGGGGCUUGUGUUGUGUGUGGCUCUUCUUAUUUCAGUAGUUAAGUGUCUGUGCUGUGGUGCGUGCGUGUGUGCGUGCGCGUGCGUGUCAGGGUGUUCCCACAUGUAGGUAUCAUUAGAAAACCCUCAGCAGUGUGAGAGAGCUCUUAUUGUUCUGUUUCCCUCCCCGAUAGAAAUGGAUAUUUAGACACCCCCCCCCCCGAAUAGAGGGAUGAAGAGAAAACAAACAUUCUGACAGUAGAACUUUGUGUGUCAACAUUCCAUAUCUGUGUUCUCCAGAUUCUGUAUCCCAUUGCAAAAAUAAAUACUGUUAAAACAAAACAA